UAUUGGGAGCAGGCAGGAGUGGACUGGGAUUUAUCCAUAAGCAUUACUUUCUUCCUCGCCCGGCGCCCCUGCCUAUGUAUAUUGAGAGUUGAGACUGUAUGCUGCUAUAUAUUGAUAUGCUAUAUGCAAAAGUUGAAGUUGGUGGUCAUAUAUUUAUAAGCAGGGAUAUUGGUAUUUGUGGGCUGAGAACAGUGGACAUGGCUUUCAACACAAUGCUUAAGAGUUGCUUAAAUUGAUGAUAAUUGUGAAUUGAACUCCAAGCUUGGAUUAGUAUCAAACCAGAUUUUGUACCACUGGUUUGAAAACCACAAUAGUGCAUGGAUAUGGAAUAUGGAUAGUAGCAAAUAUCAUCUUGACUCACUCUAGAUGACACUCAUUUUCUCUCCCACUUAGCAAAACAGUGUUUGCAACAACUAUUAGCAUUUUGCGGCACCUUACAUAAAUGUCAUAUAUUUACUUUUCAGAAAAAUAAAAGGGAGUUGUGGAGGUAAACAGUUUACAGGUUAAAAAAAAUCUUCAUUUUUGCACCAGAACUUCAUGAGGACCUUACGGAAUAGCUGUUCUUUUAAUCUUGGUGUUCUGCUGUGUAGCAUUUCAGCCAUUGCACAUAGUGAUGUUUUGCAGCACUUGAAACACUGGAGACAGAGCCAACCACCGCCAGAGGAUAAGUCUCCCAGCCCCAGACGCGACCGCGGAAAACACGGGUCAGCGGCUGGCUGCUACAAUUUCGGCGCUAACCUGACUGCGUUUGUGUGCGAGCCGCGGCGGCGUCUGGCGGCGGCCAUGUGUGACGAGUUCGAGUCGCUGGUACGCGACACGCUGCGCUGGCACCAGGACACGUACCGGCACUUCCCGCUGGACCCCAGCCGGGAGAACUCUGUCCGCUUCAUGGUGCGCGGCGCGCUGUUCUCACGCGUGCGGCCCACGCCGUUCCGGUCGGCCGUGCGGCUGGCGGCCGCCUCGCCGGCCGCGCUGCGCCUGCUCGACCUGGGACCCGAGAUCGGCGCCAACAGCCACUUUGUGGACAUCGUGGCCGGUAACGACGCCGUGCCCGGGGUGCCGUCACUGGCGCACCGCUACGGCGGCCACCAGUUCGGCUUCUGGGCCGAGCAGCUGGGCGACGGGCGCGCCCACCUCAUCGGAGAGUACACAAACAGCGGCGGCGAGCGGUGGGAGCUGCAGCUGAAGGGCUCCGGCCGCACGCCCUACUCGCGCUACGGCGACGGCCGGGCCGUGGUGCGCUCCUCGGUGCGCGAGUUCCUCUGCUCAGAGGCCAUGCACUACCUCGGGGUGCCCACCUCGCGCGCCGCCACGCUGGUUAUCAGCGACGACCGCGUGGUGCGCGACGCCUUCUACGACGGCCGGCCGGUGGCCGAGCGGGCCGCCGUCGUGCUGCGCCUGGCGCCCUGCUGGUUCCGCUUCGGCUCGUUCGAGAUGCUGGCCACGGACGGUGACACGGAGAAUCUGCGCCUGCUGGCCGACUACGUGAUCCAGCGGCACUUUGGCGACAUCGACCUGUCGGCGCCCGACUGCUACCUACAGCUGCUGCGCCGCGUGGCCGCCGAUACCGGACGUCUAAUCGCCCGCUGGCAGUGGUGCGGCUUCGCGCACGGCGUCAUGAACACGGACAACAUGAGCAUCCUGUCAAUCACCAUCGACUACGGGCCGUUCGGCUUCCUGGACGCGUACGAGCCCGACUUUGUGCCCAACCACUCGGACGACAUGGGCCGCUACUCGUACGGCAACCAGGAGCGCGUCGGCCGCUGGAACAUCGAGAAGCUGGGCGCGGCUCUGCGGCCGCUGCUGCCCGCCGAGCAGGCCGGCCAGCUAGGCACCGCGCUGGACGCCUACACGGAGGCGUUCGCGGCCGAGUGGCGCGCCAAGUUCAGCGCGCGCCUCGGGCUGCCGGCCAGCGCCGAGGCUGAGCAGCUGGCGCGCCGGCUGCUGACGCUGAUGGAGCGUACCGGCGCCGACUUCACCAUGACGUUCCGCCAGCUGGGCGACGUGACGCAGGAGCAGCUCAAGGACGGCCAGCUGCCGGACGACAUGUGGGCGCUCCGGACGGCGGCGGAAACGCCCGGCUGGAAGGAGUGGGCCGCCGAGUACGCGGCGCAGCUGCACGCGGACGGCGUCGGCGAGGAGCAGCGCCGGCAGCAGCAGCGCGCCGCCAACCCGCGCUACGUGCUGCGCAACUGGAUGGCGCAGCGGGCCAUCGCUGACGCCGAGAAGGGCGAGUUCGCCGAGCUGCAGACGCUGCUGGCAGUGCUGGAGCGGCCGUUCGACGAGCAGCCCGACGCCGAGGAGCGCGGCUUCGCCGGCCGGCCGCCCGACUGGGCUGCGCGCCUCAUGGUCAGCUGCUCCAGCUGAGAGCGCCCGCCUUCUCGUCAGCUGCUCGAACCGCCCGCCUCCUGGUCAGCUACUCGAGCUGAGAGCGCGACGCCGAAGGCGGCUUCAGGACGCCACGGCUGACCCGGGGCGGCUCCCCGUGAGGACCUGUGUCGCGUAGGUAACGUUACACCGCCUCAGCCCGCUGGUAACGGGACUCAGGUAAGAGGCGUGCUGCUUUAGUGUGCUCUGCGGCAGUGAACGCUGGCGUUUUUUAGUUUAGCAGAAUGGGUGCUAUUUGUAAGCGCUGCUUGAAUUCCUGAUGAAGCGCCACCAGCUCGCCAGGCUGCUGCCGGGGGAUAAUGCCUCGAAGUUCUGGGCGCUCGAAUACUGUUUUAUGAUGGAUAUUGUUGAUGUUAAAUGGUCCGUCAUCGUGGAGCCUUGGUGGUGUUUCACCGGUGAUAGCAGCACGCUGCUAUCACACGUGUCACAUUGGGUUUCCAUGGAGACGUCAACAAGCCCAUUGCUCCAACACUACCACAAGUGUGACGUCAGCAUAAUAGCAGCGUGCUGCUAUCACCGGUGAAACACCACCCUUGUAUUCGCUCCAACUGUGUUAACUAGAGUAGCCUGAUGGUGACUGACCAGACGGAAUGAAUGGCUGUGUAUGUUAUCCACAUACUGAGACGUAUGUCUCAGCGAAUGUGCGCAAAAAGUGAUGAACGCUCACAAUAUAUUAUAACGGUUGAGGUAUGAA